AUGACGGAUACGAUGGAUCCUCGACUUUUCCCACGCCGGGUGCGGUAUGCUGCACUCCUGACUGUUAAUGUUUUUGUCUUCAUGGGCAAUAUGUACUCGUCUGGUAUCGCAACUGGAUUCGGAUCCCUCGCUGCAGACCUUCGAGUUCCCUAUCAGAAGCUGGCUGAUCUCAUCAGUUGGUCUGUUCUGGCCAUGGGAUUGUCCAAUCUGUUCUGGAUGCCGCUGGCCUUAUGUAUUGGUAAACGCCCGGUGGUUUUGAUUUCGAUGGCCAUGUUUCUAGGAGGGAUUAUUUGGACUGCCGUGGCGAAGGACUACGAUAGUUUGAUGGGUGCAAGAGUUUUUGCGAGUUUUGGGUUGGGAUCUAUCGAGUCGAUCGGACCAAGUAUUCUCGCCGACUUGUUUCACGAGCGGGAUUAUGCCAGUGCCAUGGCCACCUAUGCCCUGUUCCUCUCCGGUGGAUCUCAGAUCGGACCCGUGAUAGCAGGAUAUCUUGUUGCUGCUCGAGGAUGGCGCUGGUUUUUCAUCCUCUGUUUAAUCCUUGCCGCCGUUAACCUUGUCACGACCUUUUUCUUGCUACCUGAGACCACGUACGAGCGUAACGAGGAGGAACCGCCGACUGAUCUCAAGAAAGAUGCACAUACCCAUGUCGAGACCGCCAGCAUCCCCGCCGACCGUCCCUCUUUUGACUACGCUACCUACUGGAAGAGACUGUUUAUUGUUCGUCUAUCCAAAGAAGCGCAUCAGAAGGGGCCCCUUAAGCAUUUCUUGUAUCAAUUCUGUCUGCCGGCACCGAUGCUUCUGGUUCCUGGGGUGCUGCUGGCGUCGGGAAUGUAUGGGGUUAUCCUGGGAGCGGUCGUGUCCAUAUCAACACUCUGUCCGUCGCUUCUUUCGCCGCCUCCGUAUCUCUUUUCUUCUUCUGCUCUGGGUUUGUUCGCGCUCAGUAGCUUCAUCGGUAUCUUGAUCGUCUUUCCUAUCGCUGGCCCGUUAACCGACUACCUCUCGCAAUGGAUGCGCAACCGCAACAACGACAUCCAUAAACCCGAACACCGUAUUCCCGCCCUGAUCGUUCCCUUCAUCAUCAGUCCCAUCGGACUCAUUGUUUUCGGAUAUACUAUUUCCAAACACAUGCACUACGCUGUACCAGCGGUCGGUCAGGCGAUGGCAGCUGCGGGCCUGACGCUCGUGCCUUCCGUGAUGCUCUCAUAUGUAGUGGAUUCAUAUCCGCACACAAGUGGCGAGGCAUUGGUUUUGGUCAACGCUAGUAAGAACGUCGUGGCAUUUGGAUUAUCGAAAGGGUCGGUAUCCUGGAUGGCGCGCGAAGGAGUCGAUAAGAUGUUUUAUGAAUUCGCGGGCAUCCAGUGGAUCGUGAUUGCUUUAGGUUUGCCACUUUAUUUUGCGGGCCCUUGGCUACGAAAGAGAACAGAAAGGCUGUUAUAG